AUGGCACGUCAUGAUGAGAGUGGACCCGAUUUUGGUAAGAUUACGAAUGAUCGUUUAAUACAACUGGUGCGGGCAAAUCCAGCUAUUUAUGAUGUUAUGCAUCCACAUUAUCGCCGGACUCCGGUACGUAUGGCAAUAUGGGAUAAUAUUGCCAGAGAAUUGGGAGCACCAUCUCGGUUUCUUCAAACAAAAUGGAAAAAUAUCCGUUACAAUUAUCUGCAGGAGCAAAAGUGUUUGGAAACCGGAACCUUUAAUACAAAUAUACGCAAAAGAAGAUUUACCGAAGAUUUAUCCUUUUUGAAAUAUACAGCAUAUCGUAGAGAUAGUCUGAAUACUGGUGCCACGACAGAGUAUAAAGCUGGAACUGACACCGAUUCCAAUAGUUAUAUGUAUCCCGACAAUUUAUCUACUACCGUUUCAAGUACCUUCGAAGUAAUUGAAUUGGAUCAAAGCGAUGAUGAUGAAGGUGGCAAUAGUGAGUAUAUGCCAGAUGUUUCGGCCUUCUUGGCACCCAUGAAUGAUAUUACCACCGAUCCCGAAGAUCCCUAUGCCCGACCAGAUAAUGCGGACGAUAAUGUGAAAAAUGAAAUACGCAACAGUCCGACAACAACAACAGCCAGCAAUAAUGAUGGGGAUUUUAAGAUGACAAUAACACCGGAAAUUCAUAUACACGACGAAAACCAAAAUAGCCCACAUCAAUCAAAACUCGGUUCAAAUUCACCGGAUUCACAACGUUCAUCACCGCUGCUGACACCCAUGUCGGAUGGGCGUGGUGUUGGUAUAAAAAGAAAUACAAAUGGCGAUGGCGGCGACUAUAAGACAACAGCCGUUUCGAAAUUAAGCAAUGGUAUCGGUGGUAAUACGCCCACCCUCUCAUCUGAAAUUACCAUAAAACCAUUAUCAGCUGCCACCUCAUCUUCAUCCUCCUCGUCGUUGAAGAAACGGCCCUCUUCAACGCGACCCGAUGAAUUAGUGACGAAUGUUGUUCUCAAACGAAAGCCCAGCGGCAGCAGUUCGCUGAUACAAACUCCCAACGAUCCCAUUGAAUUGUAUUGCCUUUCGCUGGUGGAUUGCCUACGGGCCAUGUCACGUUCCGAACGUGAACGGGUUAAAUUUGAAUUUUCCAAAAUUCUUAAAGAUGCCCGUUAUGUUGAUCAAUCAUAA